GGAAUGCUUCCCUGGCUGUUGUGUUGACAUUUUCAAGCUGCUGCUGUUUCUGCGGCCGAGGGAGCCUUCGGGGAAGGAUGGUGUGCGAAAAAUGUGAAAAGAAACUUGGUACUGUUAUCACUCCAGACACAUGGAAAGAUGGUGCAAGGAAUACCACAGAAAGUGGUGGAAGGAAGCUGAAUGAAAAUAAAGCUUUGACUUCAAAAAAAGCAAGAUUCGAUCCAUAUGGAAAGAAUAAGUUCUCCACUUGCAGGAUUUGUAAAAGUUCUGUGCAUCAACCAGGUUCUCAUUAUUGCCAGGGCUGUGCCUACAAAAAGGGCAUCUGCGCAAUGUGUGGAAAAAAGGUUUUGGAUACCAAAAACUACAAGCAAACGUCUGUGUAGAUGUGUUAAUGACACUUCUGGCUUUCUAUGUGAUUUUACUUUUCGCUUUCAACUUCCAAGGCAUAACACAGUUGUUCAAGUUCCAAAAUAACACGUUAUAAGGUAAUAUUAAACCGAGGAAGUUGAUUGGUAUUCAUUUUUUGCUCUUAAGAAGUUCUAAACAGCAAGUAACUAGUUUCCUGCCUUAGUUCUUUUCCUCACAGGCAACUUGUUGAACUAGAAUAAGUGGCAAGUUUAAUGAAAAAUAUUUUCUGAUUUCUGUA